CCCCACCCCUCCCCCGGCCACCCGCCACCCCGGCCAUGCUCUGCUCCUCCUGCCACGCCACCCACUCCUACUCGUGGCGCAUCACUUCGGCAUCUGCGGUUGUCUGCUACACAUGCUCGCUCGCCCACCCUCCAGAAUCCCUUCGCGCUCUCUCGCACAAGGCUGCCUCGCGUGCUCUCGAGUCGGCCGGCCUCGCUCCGCCGCACCACUCAUCGUCUGCUACGCCUCACAGUCAGCCGCCAUCCGACAUGCCUCUGAAGGCUGCUGAUCCCGCGUUUGCUUCUGCUGCGCAUGCUGAGAGUAGGACGCCACUGGCGACUGCGUACGCCAACUAUGCGCGGAGCCACACCACUGCGGCCGGCCGGGCGGUGUCGGCGGCGCUGGCCUCGGUCUGGGGCGGCGAGCUCGAUGCCGGCCGCGCCACCCUCUCAUACGCCGAUUUGGCCAGGAGCAUCCAGGCCGAGUACGUGGCGGCCGUGGCCCGUGGCGCUGAUGCCGCGGCUACUGGCUCGUCGCCGGUUGCCGAGGCCAAGCCGAGCCGCAAGCGGACGCUUGACGACGUCCUGGCCGCCGGCCCACCGACCGCGGCCUCGGCCGGCCGAGCCACCAAGCGCCGGCGCUCACGCAAGGCGACCAAACCUCUUCCGAUGUUUGUCCGUCUCAAGCGUGCCUUCCUCGCCGGCCUCCACUCGGGCGUCUACAGCGAGCUUCUCCGUGCCCAGGAGGCCACCACGGCUCGUACCUUGCGCAAGGUGGAGAACGAGCUGCGAUCGUUCUCGCCAGCAACCGGUUUCGGUGGGUCCGACCCACACUCGCCGGCCCCGUUCACGCCCCCGUCACGCCCGGUUGCCUCCCGUUCGCCGCACUCUUCGUCGCCGUCGCCGUGGCUGCUGCGAUCGCAGCAGCCUCCGCAGGCCAUGCCUGUGCCGUCACUCCCCGCCUCUCUUCUCAUGCUCCCCACCCGGCCAGUGCUGCCGCCCGCCAAGCCUAUCCACCCGGUCGCCCGCACCGCCGCGGCCUUGCCAAGCUCACCACACCGCCAUGUCGGACUUCUCCCACUCGCCACCGAGCUCCACAUUGCCCGCCCGCGCUGGACCCGCGCACGGCCGCGCCCAUCGGCCCCACUCACCAUCGACGACGGCCUCCUUGCCCACCUCUGGCUCCUCCACUACCAAUCUCAAUCAGCAAAGUGA